AUAUUCUCUUUCUCCUUUCCUUUUCCUCUCUCAAGUGACAGUCAUCACCUACGCAUCUUUCACCCACCCGAGAGAAAAUACAGAGAACAGAGAGGAAUGGAAAUGGAAGGAAGAAGGAGAGAAGUGGUUGUUUCGUCUCUUCAAUUCGCCUGCUCCGACGAUAUCUCCUCCAACGUCGCCUCCGCUGAAAGGUUCCCCCUUUCUCCUCUCUCUCUCUCCCCCUCUUCUCAUUUUCCCUGCUCCUUGAGAAGAAGGUUAACUUGCUUACAUCUAUUAUGCAGGCUGGUCAGAGAAGCACACGCCAAAGGAGCCAACAUCGUUCUUAUUCAGGAACUUUUUGAGGGAUAUUACUUCUGUCAAGCACAAAGAGAGGACUACUUUCAGCGAGCCAAGCCUUACAAGGACCAUCCUACCAUUGCAAGGAUGCAGAAGCUGGCGAAGGAGCUGGGUGUUGUGAUACCCGUUAGCUUCUUUGAGGAGGCAAAUACUGCGCAUUACAACUCUAUUGCCAUUAUUGACGCUGAUGGAACUGAUCUAGGGAUUUAUAGGAAGUCGCAUAUUCCUGAUGGACCAGGGUAUCAAGAGAAGUUUUAUUUCAAUCCCGGAGACACUGGCUUUAAGGUUUUCCAGACAAAGUUUGCAAAAAUUGGGGUUGCUAUAUGUUGGGACCAAUGGUUUCCCGAGGCAGCUCGAGCUAUGGUUCUACAGGGUGCUGAAGUACUGUUUUAUCCCACUGCCAUUGGUUCUGAGCCUCAAGACCAGGGGUUGGAUUCACGUGAUCAUUGGAGGAGAGUCAUGCAAGGGCAUGCUGGAGCUAAUGUGGUGCCUCUAGUAGCCUCGAACCGCAUAGGGAAGGAAAUAAUUGAAACCGAGCAUGGACCGAGUCAGAUCACUUUCUAUGGAAAUUCCUUCAUUGCCGGACCGACGGGUGAAAUUGUGGCCGAGGCCGAUGAUAAAACAGAAGCUGUUCUCGUGGCACAGUUUGAUCUGGAGAAGAUCAAGUCGAAGAGGCAAAGCUGGGGAGUGUUUCGUGACCGCCGUCCAGAUUUGUACAAGGUGCUUCUUACUAUGGACGGUAACCUUUGAAAUCUUAUGCUGUUUAAACCUUUUCCAUGAGAUGACACUGGGAAGCAUUGCUUAAAGACCUUACAAUAAGUUCCAUUUGUAUUUUCUUCAAUAAAUAGAGCUCUACUACAUGUGCUGGCUCUUUCAUGGCUGCCAGUUUUGCUUACAAAAACACAUUAAUCGUUUGUGUUUGGCGUUUACAUAAUGAAUAACGUUGUUAUUUUCUUA